AUGGAGAUGAUAAGCGAGUUUAAACAGAGCAUGUUAAAGAGGUUUGAGAUGAGUGAUCUUGGACUUUUGACUUAUUAUCUCGGUAUAGAGGUCUUGCAAUACAAUGGUGGUAUCACGAUGAAGCAGGAGAGUUAUGCAAAGAAGAUCUUGGAGAAGACAGGAAUGAUCGAAUGUAAUGCAAUUCAAUCUCCGAUGGAUGCAGGCUUAAAACUAUCAAAGGCAGAAGAGGAGGCGGAUGUAGACGAGAAGGAGUAUCGAAGAACUAUUGGUUUCCUUCGCUAUCUUGUACACACUCGACCUGACCUAUCUUACUCAGUUGGAGUGUUAAGAAGGUAUAUGCACAAGCCCAAAGAGACACAUACCGCAGCCUUGAAGCAAGUUCUCCGUUAUGUACAGGAAACAUUCGCAUUCGGUCUUAACUUUCAGAGAUCAAGCAACACGACACUGAAACAAGAUACAGUCGCCUUAUCCUCUUGUGAAGCCGAGUUUAUGGCAGCUACUGAAGCUGCAAAACAAGCUAUUUGGUUGCAGGACCUAUAUGCUGAAGUAAUGAAGAAAUCAUGUGAGAAAAUAGUGAUUCGAAUAAACAAUAAGUCAGCCAUUUCUCUCACGAAGAAUCCGGCUGACAUAUUGACAAAAGCUUUAGGAAGAAUAAAAUUCAAGGAGAUGAGAGAUCUUGUUGGAGUUCAAGAUCUAAAGCAUAAUGACUUCAAGUUUAAAGGGGAGAAUGUUGGAGAUAAACUUGAAGAAUAA